ACUUUAUCUUGAAGGUUUAGAAGCGGAAGAGUAGUAUUUUGUUAGCUGAAUAGUAAUUUUGCUCUGUGCGUGUGAGAAAGGCGAUAAAAGAGGGUCGCCUAUUGCGAAGUGCUGCUGGGUUGGAAGAACCGUACGAGGUACUUUUUGUAUUAUUAUUGUUCGUACACUCUGCCCAUUUACGCCUCCUUAUCCUGGCGAAAGGUUGAACGGGUAAAAUGGAGGCGGAUAGAUCCGGCGGAGGACCAAACCCGAACUCCGGAGGAGGCGGCAGCGGAGCGGGGCGCAACCCAAACGGGCCCAAAGCAGCACCGGGCCAGGCGACAUCAGCUGCGGCCAACGGAGUGAUGGCAGCAGCGGCGGCGGCGGCGGCGGCAGCAGCAGCAGCCGGCGCAAUGCCCGGAUCGUCGCAGGCUCGGGAUCUACAGGACGGGGACUCGGGAAUGACGCUUCCUGGGAUCCUUCACUUCAUCCAGUACGAGUGGGGACGCUUCCAGGCCGAGAAAUACCGCUGGGAGGCGGAGAGAGACGAACUCAGGGCUCAGGUGGCAUUCCUACAGGGCGAGAGGAAAGGGCAGGAGAAUAUGAAACAGGACCUGGUGAGGCGGAUCAAGAUGCUGGAGUACGCCCUCAAACAAGAGAGGGCAAAGCAUCAGAAGCUGAAGACAGGUAAUGACCAGAGUCCCGGAGACAAGAAACCAGAGACAGAAGCAGACCAACUUCCCAAUGGGCCGGCUGAGUCAGACUCUGAGCCAGCCAAUCAGAUGUCCUGGAAAGAGGGACGUCAGCUACUACGCAAAUAUCUUGAAGAAGUGGGUUAUUCAGACACCAUCCUGGACAUGCGAUCUAAGCGUGUGCGCUCGCUGCUCGGGCGGAGCAGCCCAGAGGCCAACGGGCCUCCACCCAGUGAAAUCAGUCCUGAGCCUGAGCCCCGGGCAGGUGGAGAGUCCAUGUUGGUCAGACAGAUAGAGGAACAAAUCAAGAGAAACGCAGGCCAGGAAAGCUCUAAGGAACGUCUGGGCGGCUCGGUGCUCGAUAAGAUCCCCUUCCUGCAUGGCUGUGAGGACGAUGAUGAAGACGACAGUGACGAGGAGGAUGACUUCCAAGGCAUGGCCACUGACUGCAUCGAUUCACCGCGAAAGAACAAGAAGUCUCGUGUAAAGAUGGCUUCGGAGCCCAUGACCACAGACCUGGACCCGGAGGACGAGGAGGACGAAGACGACUCGGAAGAUGCCCUCAGUGAAUUUGACUUCCUGGGCUCGGGGGAGGAUGGGGAGGGGGCGGGAGAGGCCCGGAUCUCGGGGGACGGACGGGAGUUAGAGAACCGCAGGAACAAGUUACAAGGCAUGAUGUCGGACUUCCCCCCUAAACCCACCCCGCCCCCCUCUGUAUCAGGACAAGCUCGCCCCGGGGAAGGUGGUGCCCUGGGUUUCUCCUCUGACGUCUUUAUUAUGGAUGCCGUCGGAGGAGGAGACAUGAACCUGGGUGAACUGGCUGACCUCACCGUUGCCAAUGACAACGAUCUCUCCAUGGAUAUGCAAGAUAACAGAGAAGAGUUUAAGAAGACAUGGAACCCUCGUUUCACACUACGCAGCCACUUUGAUGCCAUCCGCGCUUUGACCUUUCACCCCAGUCAAGCAGUGCUGCUCACGGCCUCUGAGGAUGGCACUCUAAAACUGUGGAACCUCAACAAGGCCAUGCACUCUAAAAAGAACGCGGCGUUGGAUGUGGAGCCCAUCUACACAUUUAGAGCACACAGUGGAGCUGUUCUGUCGCUGACCAUGGGCGAGGACGGAGAAUCCUCCUAUAGCGGGGGUCUAGAUGGAACUGUCAGAUGUUGGAAGAUGCCAGACCUCAAUGUGGAUCCUUAUGAUAAUUAUGAUCCUGGUAUCGAGAGCAGUGUGCUAGCCGGCCACGAGGACAGCGUGUGGGGUCUAACUUACUCGGAAGUUCACCAUCGUCUCGCCUCGUGCUCAGCCGAUGGCACCAUUCGCAUCUGGGACCCUCAGAAUUCUGCUCCCUGCCUGUCUGUCUUCAAUAAGGAGAGAGAGCACGGAACACCCACCUCGGUAGCCUUUGUGGCCACGGACCCCAACCAGGUGGUUGUGUCAUUCGACGGCGGUGAGACGCUGCUCUACGACCUCAACACAGAGCAGAGCAUCACUGCACUAGAGACAGAGACCAAGGAUGGCAGUGAGCUCAUCAAUUGUGUGGUCAGUCACCCAUCUGAGCCCAUCUCCGUCACUGCACAUGAGAACCGCACCAUCCGCUUCCUAGACAACAAGACAGGUAAAGUUGUCCACUCAAUGGUGGCUCACCUGGAUGCGGUCACCUGCCUCACUACAGACCCUAAAGGCACUUACCUCAUCUCUGGCAGCCACGACUGCUCGGUGCGCCUGUGGAUGCUGGACAACAGGACGUGCGUGCAGGAGAUCACGGCUCACAGGAAGAAGCACGACGAGGCCAUCCAUGACGUGGCCUUCCACUCUUCACAGCCCUUCAUCGCCAGCGCCGGCGCAGAUGCACUUGCCAAGAUCUUCGUCUGAUCGCACUGUCGUCAUUCUGUCCUAUAAAAACAACUGGGCCAAAAGAGACUGAAGACUACAGUGGACAAAUGUCAACCGCUUACACACACACUCACACACUUGUCCUGUACCCCACUGGCUGGGUCAUCGCCACAGGACAUCACCUCCUCUCAAUCGUCCACUCUGAUGCCUCAGUGACUUCUUGUAAUACUAAUCAUACCGCCUUUUUAUAUAAACCCUGCUGCUCCUUUUUUCAAAUAAUCAUAUUUGGAAUAACACUUUUCUACACUACAAAAUUCCGUUCUGCUUUCUUUUCAUUCUACCAACAAGUAUUACAAACCCCCAUGUGCAUGUGUGUGUUUUUGUGUGCUUGAACUGCUGACACACUACUCUCACAGAGAAACCACCAAGGAAACGCUCGCACUGCAGAGCACACAUGAUGCACCACUGCACGCAUUUCAGUUGAGCUCUCAAUUUAACAAAUUGCUUGUGGCUUACAUUCAUAUGUAGACAUGACUAAUAACAGUUAUCUUUCCCAAUGUCGGCAGAAAACACCUGGCCAACCCCUUCAUUGGGAAUCAAUGUAUUACAUUCCAAAGACUGCAGGUAGAGUGUGUGUGUGUGUGUGUGUGUGUGUGUGUGUGUGGUGUUGUAUUCAGGUUUGGUGUGUUAACGGGGCUGUGUGUGAUGUGAGGAGCCAUUGGACAGUUGCUAACCAGUGAUGAACAAAUAGCUUUAAUUUCCACUUUAUGGCAAAGUCUCAUUGUAUGUAUGAGUAUUAUAACGUCCCCAUGAUAUGUAAGAUGAAAUGUCACUCUGCUGUACAAGAUGAAUGAACAUGUUUCCGCAAUCAUGGUCCGUUUCUCCAAAUGUGCAGUUUGAACCCUGUAGACUGACGCUCUCACGACACAUUAACCAGCUAACGGUAGAUAUCACGAGAGUGCAGUUAAAGUCGGUUGACUUGCAGAGGUAGUGAGGCCGGGCCGUAUGCUCUCAACAAGCUUUUUACUGUACGGAAGAGUGAGUGCCUGUGUUGCUAUAUGCACGAGUUAAAUCACGGUGCUAUGAAAGACCUCGUCAGUCUUGAGUCGGGAUCAGGGAACGGUUUUGUGUGCUCGUGUGGGAAAGAGAGACUGUGUUUCUCACUCAUCGGGCUAUGAAGUGAACCUGCUUUUUAAAUGACAAUUCAUUGGUUAAUCAUUUCAAUAGCGGUGGUCACAUUUUAGAAUGAACUAUUACCGUCUCUCAUUAGAGAUGUGAAUAGUGUCACCAUUGAUCGUUUUAGGAAUGUACAGAGCUGAUUGUGAUUUGUUUUACAGUACCACUCGGAUGAGAGCUGUUCAAAUUGUCUUUUUUUUUUUCAUUUCAUCUCGAAAGUCGGUGCCAGUUUGUGGAUGGCGCUUGGUUCUGGCUUGUUGUUAUUUAUUCAGGCUUUCCAAAAAAAAAAAAAAGCUUGACAUUACCUACACUUGUAUGUUUUGGUGAGGUUCCCUUGCCUUGUUUUUGACGUGCAUCAGUUGCACGGUAGCACAUUACCCAGAGAGCUAAUGAUGUCUCCUCUUUCUGAAGAGGUGGGAGGAAGAAAAGGAAGAGAGACCAUUUUCAAUUUAGCCACUUAUGCCAUUUCAGAAAAAGAAAAAAGAAAUAGAAGAAAUAAUGAAUUGGAGAUGUUCUGGGGUCAGUUAAUGAAACAUGACUCUGCAGCUAAUCUGUCUUGCUGAUCCCUUCCGGUUCUGCUAUUUUGAGCUUAACCCUGAGGACAUUUGGUUUAGGUGGAAACAUUGUUCCUUUGAGACGCCUCACGUCUAUCUCGGUUUGUUUACUGCAUCUAAACUGACCUGACUUUAAAUUACUUGACUGGUAAUUGUAUCGUAUUACCUGGAGAAGACCGAAUAAAUCUGGUGUUAAAACGCUUGGUUCAGGGGACCCUUCACCUCUUCAAGAUUACAGGGUCACACUGGGGGUCAGAGGUCAGAUCUAAGGGUUAAAAGUAGCCUAGAUGUAAACACUUCUUUCCUAAUCACUGCGGACACUAGCAUUCAUAGUUCAGAUUUUAUUUUUCUGAAACAGGAUGGUGGACUGUUCCGGACGGAACUACAUUAUUGUACUGCUGCUGGACAUAACAUCCUGUUAUCACAUUAACUACUAUUUGGCUCCACUUUGCACUACAUUUAAUUGUGGAUGCUUGUGGUGAGGAAUGGUUACCAACAGGGUGCAGAAAUAAUGGUUUGCAUGUAUUUCUUAUACAAUCUAAAGUAAAUACUACAAGGUGAAAUACCUGCUGUAGCUCGCAGUUAUUUGAUAGUGAGGGUGACAUAGGGCCUCUUUCUAAGACAAAUCAGUUUGACUCAUCAAAAAAGAAAUCAAAACAGAGGUUGUAAAUGAUGACUCAAAAUGCCAUUAAGUGCUGUAAAUGCCCAUCAUUUCCUUGCUUUCUUUCUUGCAUUUCUUUUCUUUGAUUAUGAAUAUGAUUAUUAAGAUGUAAGAAUACUGUAGUAUCAUGAGUGAAUCAUUCUUCCUUGCUAGGCAUAGAACUUGCUUGUGAUUGAUAAUGGCAAUGUAUAACUUGUAAAAAAGAAAACAAUUAAAAAACAUGAAAAAGAAAAAUGUAAAAAAAAAAAAAAAAAAAAUCUGUUACCAGUCAGAGGCCACGGUAAAGGACUCUCAUUUCUUUGUUUUUAUUUUUUUAUUAGCAAUUUAUCACUGUGUGAUAUUUUGUACAUCAUAUUACGCUGUAUUCAAACUAUUUCCUCUAACUACAAGGGAUAAGAGACCUGCUUUUUAUUAUUUUUUGUUUUAUUAUAUAUUUUUGAACUGCAUUCUAGCGUGUAUCAAAUGACUUUCUCUUUUUGUUUACGGGUCCCCUGUCGUAUGUCAUUAAGGAAGAAAAAAAACAACUAAAAAUGAAGAUUUUUGUACAGUGAAUUGAGA